AUUAAAUAUCAAUUGUUCUAAGGAAAAAAAACCCAUGAUUAUAGAGUAUGGCUGAACCCCAAACCAAAGGGGCCAAGCCUAGCCAAGCCAAGCCUGGAGUCAGUCACAGUGACGGACCCAGCAAAAACACUCACAGCCUAAACCUCCCUUUUUGGCGGCUCUCCUUCUCCUUCUCCAACUCCAUCACCAUUUUCGUUUCGCAUCCUUCUAAUCCCUCUCAAUCUCAAACCUCUCUCCCUUUUAAGCUCCAGCGAUCCAGCCAUACCCAUCUUCUAUGAGACGAAAGUCCAAACCUCUCCGCCGGCGCCAUUCAUGAAUGGAGUCCUCUUCUCCGCCGCCGUCCGGUACUCCAAGAUGUUGAGAAAACCCAUGGCCAUUAUCGUCGCUCCAGGUGAGUCCUCCCUUCUUCUCUUCUCCCUCCAAAAACCCAUUUCCUCCAUUGCCUCAUCUGUUUCCGCAGAUUCCGAACCAGCCGAACUCUCUUCCCAGCUUUUCUCCAUCCUAUCUCGACCAAAUUGGCGGAAACAUCCUUCGCUCAACAAGCUUCUUCCUUCUAUAUCCCCAUCUCAUGUUUGUUCCCUUUUUACCCUCAAUCUUGAUCCCCAAACGGCUCUGGGUUUCUUCAAUUGGAUUGCUCUUAAACCCGGGUACAGACACGAUGUUCAGUGUCACUCUUCGCUGCUAAACAUUUUGAUUCCUAAUGGGUUUUUUCGGGUCGCUGAGAACAUUCGGAUUUCCAUGGUUAAAGCUUGUGUUUCGGUUGAAGAUGCGCGAUUUGUGUUGGAGUUGUUGCGGCGGAUGAAUCGUGAUUCUAACUUUGAGUUUAAGCUCACUUUGAGGUGCUACAAUAUGUUGUUGAUGUCUUUGGCUAAAUUUCUCAUGAUUGAUGAGUUGAAAGGUGUUUUUUUGGAGAUGGUGGAUAACAUGGUUGUGCCCAAUAUAUAUACGUUAAAUACAAUGGUAAAUGCUUAUUGUAAAAUGGGGAAUGUUGCUGAGGCAAAGUUGUAUGUAUCUAAGAUAGUCCAAGCUGGUUUGACCCUGGAUACGUUUACUUAUACUUCUUUGAUACUGGGACAUUGUAGGAACAAGGAUGUAGGUACUGCUCGUAAGGUGUUUGAGAUAAUGCCGAGAAAGGGUUGUCGAAGGAAUGAGGUUUCAUAUACGAAUCUUAUACAUGGCCUUUGCGAAGCUGACCAAAUCAAUGAUGCUUUCAACUUGUUCUUUCAAAUGGGGGAGGACAAUUGCUUUCCAACAGUGCGUACUUAUACGGUUCUUAUACAUGCAUUGUUUGAAUCGGGUAGGAGAAUUGAAGCGUACAAUUUGUUUAAGAAAAUGGUAGAGAAGGGUUGUCAGCCAAAUGUUCACACUUACACUGUGCUCAUUGGCGGUUUGUGUGAGGAAAGUAAGCUUGAUGAAGCGAGAAAUACGCUAAAUGGGAUGUUGGAGAAACGGUUAGUCCCUACUGUGGUAACUUACAAUGCUUUGAUAGAUGGAUACUGCAAGGAGGGGAUGUUAGAGGUCGCACUUGAAAUUUUGGGUUUGAUGGAAUCAAAUAAUACUUGUCCAAAUGCUCGAACAUUCAAUGAAUUGAUUUGUGGGUUUUGUGAAAGGAAAGAUGUACAUAAGGCAAUGUCAUUACUAAGUCAGAUGCUGAGCCGGAAGCUGUCUCCUAGCAUAAUCACAUAUAAUUCCUUAAUUCAUGGGCAGUGCAAGGUUGGUCAUUUAGAUAGUGCAUAUAGGUUGCUGAAUUUGAUGAAUGAAGGUGGUUUGGUUCCUGAUCAGUGGACUUAUAGUAUUUUCAUAGAUACCCUCUGCAAGGGGGGAAAUUUGAAAGAAGCCCAUGCCCUCUUUGAAUCCCUCAAGGAGAAAGGAAUAAAGGCAAAUAAAGUCAUAUAUACUGCUCUUAUUGAUGGAUAUUGCAAGGUUGGUAGAAUCAAUGAGGCACAAUCUUUGUUUAAUAGAAUGCUUGGCGAUGACUGUUUGCCAAACUCGUAUACUUACAAUGUCUUGAUAGAUGGUCUUUGCAAAGAGAAAAAGCUGCGGGAAGCAUCAUUGCUGGUGGAGACCAUGUUGUCUAGGGAUGUGAAGCCUACUGCCCUUACAUAUACAGUUCUUAUAAAAGAAAUGUUGAAAGAAGGCGACUUUGAUCACGCUCUUAGGGUUUUUGACCAGAUGAUUUCGGCUGGUAGUCAGCCUGAUGUAUUUAUUUACACUACAUUUAUUCAUGCAUACUGCAGUGUAGGAAAUUUGGAAAAAGCAGAGGAUUUGAUGGUUAAGAUGAAUAAAGAAGGAGUUUUCCCAGAUUCCUUGACCUACACAUUAUUAAUUGCUGGAUAUGGACGCUUGGGGUUUAUACAGCGUGCAUUUGAUGUUUUUAAGCGUAUGACUAAUGCUGGUUGUGAGCCUUCUCAUCAUACCUACGGUUUCCUAAUCAAGCAUAUAAAAAAUGAAGAUGGGACGAAGACAACUAGUGGUACUGCAGGACUGGAUUUGGAUUCAAAUGUACCGUUUGAAGAUCUUAAUGAUGUGUGGAGGACAAUGGAAUUCAAAGUAGUUCUAAAGCUUUUUGAUAGGAUGAAUGAACAUGGUUGUGCACCUAAUGUUGGGACUUAUGGAAAGCUCAUCAUAGGUCUCUGCAAACGGAGGUGCUUGGAGGUUGCACAAAUGGUAUUUGAUCACAUGAUAAGCCAAGGAUUUUCUCCCAGUGAAGAUAUCUAUACUGCACUUUUUAGUUGUUGCUGUGAGUUGCACGUGUAUGGAGAAGCAAUGAAGCUGGUAGAUAUUAUGAUUGAGAGUGACCACUUACCAUCUCUGGAGUAUUCCAAGUUGCUUGUUUGCGGGUUGUAUGAAGAAGCAAAUGAUGAGAAAGCAAAAUCCGUUUUUUGUAGUCUGCUCCGUUGUGGGUAUAAUUAUGAUGAAGUUGCUUGGAAAAUUCUGAUUGAUGGCUUACUUAAAAGCGGUUUGGCUGAUAGAUGCUCCGAACUCCUAAGCCUUAUGGAAAAGAUGGGGUGCCAGCUUCAUUCCCAGACAUAUUCAAUGUUGAGUGAAGUAAUUGAUGGGACAUAACUGUUUGAAA